AUGGCAAAGAAGAUCGACUCUUUCGAACAACUUACGACCCGAAUCGGACGUCUGCUGAUGAGAAGAUGUGGUCCAACACCAGCUUUGACUAUCUUCGUCGCUUACGCUCCAAAAUCACACUACGGAGAAGAAGAAGAAGAAGUCGAAGCUUUCUCUAUGGAUCUGGAAAAGUUCUACCGAGAUCAUGCCUGCCUGAAGAUGAUGACCGGCUUGUUGGACACCUUCACAACUGCACGAAGGGGGUGGAGCAGCACGAGCCGCAGGGAACCGAGAACUCACGUCCGAGCUCGCAAGGCUUUGCAGAGAGGCGAUAAAGGAAGACCUUAA